AUGGCGGAAUCAUUUCCAUCGACCAUUGCCACUAACAUUUUGUCAAAGAUAGCCUUUCUUUCCAAAAAAGAAAAGAGGCCGUUGUGGGGUAUUCCGGAAGAAAUAACGGAGCUCCAAAAAACCUUGUCGAAAAUCAAAGUCAACCUCUUGAAUGCCGAGAAAAAGCAGGCACAGAACGGCGUGCUGCAGGAAUACCUUAAACAGCUUUCAGAUCAGUUGUAUGAUGCUGAGGACGUGGUGGAUGAAGUGGAGUGCGAACUGGGGAAACCAUCGGCGAAGCCAAAAAGAUUCUUUCCGAUAUGCUCAUAUAUUCCUCUUGUUAAGGAAAGUAGAAAACUCGAUGAUAUUAUAGAAAAGUUGGAUGAAAUAGUAGCUGCUGUUAAGCUUAAAUGUGGUGAUGUUUGGAGAGAUAAUUUGGAGGAGAUGAUGAUAAAUCACACCUGUGUUGGUGCUUCAGAAGUUUUCGGGAGAGACGGUGAUAAGGAAAAAAUUAUAAACUUUUUGAAGCAACCAAAAAAUGAAGGUGAAAAGGUCUCUGUCAUCACCAUAGUUGGCGGUGGAGGUAUUGGAAAAACCACUCUAGCCAAAUUGGUGUAUAGUGACAAAAUGAUAGACGAACUCUUUGAUCUAAAGAUGUGGGUACGUGUACCUGAGGACUUUGAUAUAAUUACUUUGAUGAAAGAAACUUGUACUUCUGCAACUGGUCAAAAUCAAGCUGGAUUAGCCGUCAAUGUGUUAGAAGAUCGGUUGCUGGAUCAAUUGGGUGGUAAGAAAUUUUUGUUAGUCUUGGAUGAUGUGUGGAAUGAAAAUUAUGAUAAAUGGGACAAAUUCAAAAACUUAUUGACGCAGAAACCCAAUGGGAGCAAAAUUGUGGUUACUACACGUAGUAAUCAAGUAGCGAAAGUAAUGGGCGCGGUUGACAAGUCUGUUUUAGAAGGCCUUUCCCGAGAAGACUCUAUAUUGUUGUUUGAGAAAUCGGCGGCUUUUACAGAUGAACAAAGCACAGAUCAAGAGCUCAUUGAAAUUAGGGAUGGAAUUUGGGAAAAAUGUGGGGGCAAUCCUUUAGCUGUGAAAACUUUAGGAACCCUACUUCAUCAAAGCAGAGAGCCGUCUAUUCGGUCGCUAAUUAAAGAAAACAGAGAAUGGAGUCAAGAACAAGCGUUGAAGUUGAGUUACGCUCAUUUGCCAUCCCGUUUGCGAAGAUGUUUGGCAUAUUGUUCCUUGUUUCCUAAGGGUUAUUGCUUCAACAGUAAUUAUCUGGUCUGUCAUUGGAUGGCGCAUGGUUUUCUUGCUACUGAUAAUAAAAAGAAAGAGUCGGAAGCGCAUGGUUUUCUUGCUACUGAUAAUAAAAAGAAAGAGUCGGAAGCGCAUGGUUUUCUUGCUACUGAUAAUGAAAAUAAAGAGUUGGAAGAAGUUGGGUUGCAAUAUUUCAACGAAUUAAGUUCGAGAUGUUUUUUUCAAGAUGUUGAAGAUCAUGGUUAUUUUUUUACAUUUCAGAUGCAUGACUUUGUACAUGAUCUUGUCCUCAAAGUAGCACAAACAGAAUGCGAAGCGGUAGAUCUCAGAAUCCAAAAAAUUGAAAGAAAUGCUCGACAUUUGUCAUUUCUCGACAUCGAGGAUUCUGGUCCAGAAGCAUCUAUUUCCAAGAAAUUGCGGACCAUCAUCAUGCAAGGUAUACUAUCUGAGCAUGUUACUACGGCCUUCCUUAAUGCAUGGAUAUCAAAUUUUAAGUACCUCAGGUUGUUAUGCUUCAAUUGUCUUCAAUUUGAAGUGUUGCCAGUUUCUAUUGGUGCACUGAUACAUUUGAGAUAUCUAGACUUAUCUUGGAAUUUACGUUUGAAGGAAAUUCCUGAGCAUAUUUCUAAACUUCUGAAUUUACAAACCUUAAUACUUCUUGGUUGUUCAAAUCUUCAGAAGUUAUCUCACAACAUGCAGAAGAUGACCAGUCUUAGAUAUUUGGAAAUAACUAUAAAAGAGAUUGGAGAAUGGAUACAAAGUUUCACCGGCCUCCGAACAUUGGUUUUGCAAGGUUGUGAUAGCUCGAACUCAUUGCCAUACAAUAUAAAAGAUCUGAAAGGAUUGAAGAAGCUGGUGAUACACAGUUGUCCGAAGAUUAAUCUGAAGAAAAAUAUGCAAGGCGAAGACCCCAACUAG